UCUGUGCUGCGAUCAUAUUUUUCAAUAACCCCUUCAGCAUCGACUGUAAACAUGUAUUACUUUGUCAUAUUUCAUCAUUAAGCUUGUGUAAACAUUUACAAUAAGGCACUGCAGCCAAAAUGGGUACAAAAAUGGGCUGGAUCAAGUUGUGGAAAAAGGAAUCUGAGGGAAUCAAGAUCCUGAGUGAGAUAAACGAAUGAGUGAGAUCUGUCUGUUGGCAUGGGAAAGCAUAAGUGGCUGUGUGGGCUUUGAAAUGAUGACGCUCAGAGCUCUUUCCCCUGGAGAAUAAUGGGCUGAAAUGUGGAGAGGCUGAGCACAAGAAACGCGCACAGAGCGACGCAGCUUUUCCGGAGAGACACACAACCCAGCGGUGUCUCCCUAUAGUCACUUGGCGCACACAGAAUGAAUAUUUUUUUCAAUAUGAGGGGGACGAUUGUGAGACAAAUAGCAGAGGACAGAGCUCUUUCAGAGGCAGCCAUGAACCCACCACGCCGGUCAUCAAGCCCGCCACGGCGUUCAUCAAGCCCGCCACGCCGGUCAUCAAGCCCUCCACGCCGGUCAGCAAGCCCUCCACGGAGACCAUCAAGUUCUCCUGAUGACAGGCCCUCCACUGAGACCGUGCAGAUGAACAACAGCAGCAACUCCGGCGUGAUUCUGGACAUCUCGGCUCUCAAGAUGGCGGAAGUGGACACGGAGGUGCCUCCUCUUCCACCUCGCUAUCGCUUCAGGGACUUACUGCUGGGGGACCAGACAUUUCAGAACGAUGACAGGGUGCAGGUGGAGUUCUAUGUGAAUGAAAACACCUUCAAAGAGAGGCUGAAGCUUUUCUUCAUCAAAAACCAAAGGUCAAGCCUGAGAAUCCGGCUGUUUAACUUCUCACUGAAGAUUCUCACCUGUGCCCUCUACAUACUGAGAGUGAGUCUGAAUGACCCUGAAGAUGUCAGCGGGGACACGUGUGCAAAAUGCCAGAAAAACAGUACAGGAGACUCAAUCAACUGGUCUGUGAUUUUCUGGGUUACCAGACAGGAUCCUGUAUGGGCGAUACAGGUGACAGUGGCCUUAAUCAGUUUCUUGGAGACCAUGCUAAUCACAUAUCUCAGCUACAAGGGUAACAUUUGGGAGCAGAUCUUCCAGAUUUCCUUCAUAUUGGAGAUGAUAAAUACAGUGCCGUUUAUAAUCACAAUCUUCUGGCAUCCAUUGAGAAACAUAUUCGUUCCUGUAUUCCUCAACUGCUGGCUAGCCAAAGGUGCCCUGGAGAACAUGAUUAAUGACUUCCAUCGUGCCAUCCAGAGGACUCACUCUGCCAUGUUCAACCAGGUGUUCAUCCUCAUCUGCACCUUACUGUGUCUGGUUUUCACCGGAGCUUGUGGGAUCCAGCAUCUAGAGCGAGCCGGGAAGCACCUGACCCUGUUCGACUCGUUCUAUUUCUGCAUCGUCACCUUCUCCACAGUGGGCUACGGGGACGUCACGCCACAAAUCUGGCCCUCCCAGCUGCUGGUGGUCAUUCUCAUUUGUGUUGCUCUGGUGGUUCUCCCACUGCAGUUUGAAGAACUAGCAUACCUGUGGAUGGAGAGCCAGAAGUUAGGAGGGAACUACAGCCGCCACCGGGCGCAGACGGAGAAGCAUGUGGUGUUGUGUGUCAGCUCGCUAAAAAUCGACCUCCUAAUGGAUUUCCUCAAUGAGUUCUACGCCCAUCCUAGGCUACAGGACUACUAUGUGGUGAUCCUGUGUCCAACAGAAAUAGACAUUCAGGUUCGUCGUAUCCUCCAAAUCCCUUUGUGGUCCCAGAGGGUCAUCUACCUGCAGGGAUCGGCUCUGAAAGACCAGGACCUGAUGAGGGCCAAGAUGGACGAUGCUGAGGCCUGCUUCAUCCUCAGCAGCAGGAACGAGGUUGACCGAACUGCUGCUGAUCACCAGACUAUUUUGAGGGCUUGGGCUGCAAAAGAUUUUGCUCCGAAUUGCCCUCUGUACGUCCAAAUUCUCAAACCUGAAAAUAAGUUCCAUGUUAAGUUUGCAGAUCAUGUAGUAUGCGAGGAGGAGUUCAAGUAUGCCAUGUUGGCGCUGAACUGCGUGUGCCCCGCCACAUCUACCCUGGUCACACUGCUGGUUCACACCUCCAGAGGACAGGAGGGGCAGCUGUCCCCGGAGCAGUGGCAGAGGGUGUACGGACGUUGCUCUGGAAACGAGGUCUACCACAUCCGCUUGUGUGACAGCAAGUUUUUUGGGGAGUAUGAUGGCAAGAGCUUUACCUACGCAUCCUUCCACGCCCACAAGAAGUAUGGUGUUUGUUUAAUCGGAGUGAAGAGGGAAGACAACAAGAGCAUCCUCCUGAACCCCGGCCCCCGCCACAUCAUGGCCGCCCCCGACACCUGCUACUACAUCAACAUCACCAAGGAGGAGAACUCGGCCUUCAUCUUCAAACAGGAAGAGAAGCACAACAAGGGCAUACCCGUCAGCGGCCUCUACGAUGCCCCCUCCAGGCUGCCCGUGCACAGCAUCAUCGCCAGCAUGGUUGAUCAGGCCACUGCAUAUGGCACUGUGGCCAUUGAUCUUCAGAACCCAAGUCCUCCCGAGGAAAGCAGCAAGCUCACCUUGCCUACAGAGAACGGUGCAGGAAGCCGACGGCCGAGCAUCGCGCCUGUCUUGGAGAUAGCAGACUCCUCCGCCAUCCUGCCGUGCGACCUCCUCAGCGACCAAUCAGAGGACGAGACCAAUCAAUCAGACGAGGAGGGAUCCGUAGGCUCAGAUUUUGUGAAGGGCUACCCUCCCAACUCGCCCUACAUUGGCAGCUCUCCCACUCUGUGCCACCUCCUGCCACAGAAAGCUGCAUUCUGCUGCCUUCGCCUCGACAAGGGCUGCACACAUAGCAGCUUCGAGGAUGCCAAAGCAUACGGCUUCAAGAAUAAGCUGAUCAUAGUUUCGGCAGAGACGGCGGGAAACGGUCUCUACAACUUCAUCGUCCCUCUGCGCGCUUACUACCGGCCCAGGAAGGAGCUCAACCCCAUAGUGCUGCUGCUGGACUACCAGCCAGACAACCACUUCUUAGAGGCCAUUUGCUGCUUCCCAAUGGUUUACUUUAUGGCUGGCACCAUCGAUAAUUUGGACAAUCUGCUCCAGUGUGGAAUAAUCUACGCCGACAACUUGGUGGUUGUGGACAAGGAGAGCACCAUGAGCGCUGAGGAGGACUACAUGGCCGACGCCAAGACCAUCGUCAACGUCCAGACUAUGUUUAGGCUGUUCCCCAGCCUCAGCAUCAUCACGGAGCUCACACACCCGUCCAACAUGAGGUUCAUGCAGUUCAGAGCCAAGGACUGCUACUCGCUCGCACUCUCCAAACUGGAGAAGAUAGAGCGUGAUAAGGGCUCCAACUUGGCCUUCAUGUUCCGGCUGCCGUUCGCUGCAGGAAGGGUCUUCAGUAUCAGCAUGUUGGACACACUGCUGUACCAGUCAUUUGUGAAGGACUAUAUGAUCGGAAUAGCGAGGCUCCUUCUGGGUCUGGACACCACGCCCGGCUCUGGGUACCUGUGUGCUAUGAAGAUCACAGAGGAGGACCUGUGGAUCAGGACUUACGGCCGACUCUUCCAGAAACUUUGUUCCUCCAGCGCUGAGAUCCCCAUAGGGAUCUACCGCACUGAGUCGCACAUGUUCGCCACCUCAGAGGGAAAGGACAGUUAUGCACAGUCUCAGAUGUCCAUCAACGUGCAGCAAGGCGAGGAGCACCGGGAGCGCGGAGAGUCCUGGAAGGAGAAGACGGCGCACAGAAACUCCACCGCGAGUGACCAAUCGGAGCACCCGCUGCUGAGGAAGAAGAGCAUGCAGUGGGCUCGGCGGCUGAGCAGGAAGAACGUCAAACCGUCAAGCAGGGCGGAGCGGAUCUCGCAGCAGAGACUCAACCUUUACCAACGUUCCGAGCGCCAGGAGCUGUCGGAGCUGGUGAAGAACCGCAUGAAGCACCUGGGACUGCCCACCGUGGGAUACGAGGAUGUUUCUAAUCUCACUGCGAGCGAUGUCAUGAAUCGAGUAAAUCUAGGAUAUUUGCAAGAUGAGAUGAAUGACCACCAGAACACGCUGUCCUACGUCCUCAUCAAUCCUCCCCCCGACACCAUGCUGGAGCUCAAUGACAUCGUGUACAUCAUCCGGUCCGACCCGCUGGCACACAUGCCCGAGGACUCCCAGUCAGGGCAGGCCCGCAGGAACCAGCAGGAAUUUGGCUCAGAGACCAGAGACGAGACUCACCUCUGAAAGCCCCUCAGUCCCUGACACCCUGACACCUUAACCCCGGAGAGAGCAUGUUCGUCUCACACAGAGCGAGGCUGACCUCACAGCCGAGGACAGCGACCCAUCGUGAAGCCACAUUAUGUGUCUCUCAGAUCAGAAAAAGAAUCAACAUUUUUAAAAGAUGAGAAACCUGCUGUUUCCCACUGAGCUGCUACCGGAGGAUGCAUGAAGAGUGCCUCGUCAUAGACCCCCUCGCACACCUCUGUACUCGCACACGCCACCUCGCACCAGAAACAGGAAUCACUGAGAUAUGAUCGGAUGUUUUGAGAGGUCUUUAGCCAGUUGCAGGAGGUUUCAAGGUGCACACACUGUACAGGAUAUCAGAACAUUUCACUCAGGGGGAAAGCUGCCCUCGUGCCACAACACGGGCCGACUUCAUCUACACCCGUUUCUGCCUAAACUCACAAAGAAAAGAAUCCCGAGGUAACUGCAUCCUCCGCCACAUCUUAAUCGCAUUUCUUACAAGUAAAUUCUCUGAGUUCCUAUUGAUUCAAGCAUUUACAAUGCAGUUACAAUACAUGUGCACUUUUCUUAAUUUAUUACAAUUAAUGAAGUCUGCUCAAAACAGACAAUAUUUCCAUUUACUUUAUGAGCACAAACUUUUUUAUCUAAAUAUACUCUAUAGUGGCACUUUUUUUGGCCAUAUUAGAAUUGUCAGCAUUUUUCUCUGUUGUGUUUUGGAAACUGAUUUUUGUUGUGGUUAUUGUUAAAGUAUGAAUAUUGUUAAUUUAUUUCUCUAUUUUAAGUGUCCCAUAUGAUGUCUGCUAUACAGAAUGUGCCAUUCUUUUGUUGACUGUUUUACUUUGUAAAUAUCUUUACAAUGAUUUGUACAUUACAUGCCAUUUUGCAUUUGUUUUAUGAUCUCAGUUUUUGUUUUGUUUAAGAGCCUGACUGACUUUAUUUGCCAGGCCAAUAUAUAUUCUUGUUUUAAAUUAUCAACGAGAUGUCAAAGAAGAUGAACUGUCCGCGUGGCUAUUUCAACAAAAAUCUAUUUACGUUUUUCUAGUUUGCCUACAAAAUGUUCUACUUUAUUUAUUGUAUUGAGUAUUAUUUUUCUUAGCUUAACUUAUGUAUAGUCAUGUUCUUUAUAUUUUUAUUUAUAGUUGUAUUAUGUUUUAGACACCUUUUGUCUAUUCAAAUGUAAAACAUAUCACUCAGUUCAUAUCUUGUUCACAACUCUAAUAAUCAAAUUUAAAAGAACAGUUUUAAACCUCUGAAAAAAACAUCUUGAGUUGACACCAUUAUCAUGUCUGUAUGAUAAUUAUAAAGCUAAAGCUAGCAGGACAUGAGUUUAGCCUAACCUCAAAGCUAAGUUAAUAAAAGCAGGGGGAAAGAGUUGGAAAGACCUCUAAAGCUACGACUUUUACGACAAAAACCAUGUACCAAGUGAAAUUGUUGCUUUACAUCUGCACUUUCGUGCUGAUUAAAGUGUUACUUAGUGAUGUUAGGAGGCGCUUUCAGGCUAGCUGUUUCCCUCUGCCUUCAAUGUUUAUGCUAAGCUAAAGUCCUAAUUGCCAAAAAACAUUGAGUUGUGUCCAUUUUUCAAUCUUAUUAAAGCUAGAAAACAUAUAUUACCAAUCACCUAACCUUUCUAUAAGGUAUUCUUAUAUGUGUUUAAAAAACGAAUACUGGGCAGUCACAGUGCUUUAACUUAAACAUCAGUCUGGUGUCUUUUAUUUUCAGUUGAACUGGUAGCAGAAUGGUUUUGCACAGACAGCGACCGGCACAUUUCUGUCCUGUACCGUUCCUAUUUAGAGCGUACUUGACCUUAAAACAAAGUGCUCUCCUCCCCAGAUUUGACUAGGCCACACCUCGUGUACAAGGCAGCGUCAGAGUGCAGUAUUUAAUCUUAAUUUAUGUUUUGUUCUCUGUAAAUAGUAACUUUAUAUAUCCAUUGUUUUGCCGUUAAGUUUCGGUCUCUUCCGGGUGAUCAAAGUGAGAGAGGACUUGAAGUAUUUUUGCACUAAGCUCUCUGGGGACGUGAAGAGCGGAAUAGCAUGACCCUUUAAUAUGAAUCUGUGCGACACGGUGGACAGUGUUCAACCAUUCCUGUGGUGCGAUUCACGUUUGCAGAUGUAUGAGAAAUCGUAUUUGUUGGAUGCCAUUCUUAUUUAAAUGUUAAAGAAGUGAUGAUAAGGUAAUCUCAGAAGGAUUUGUUUUCUCUUUAAGAUCAGCCAGUGUUGUCUUUGUUUUGUUUUUAAGCAGUCAGCUUUUUUAUGUUCACCUGUAUGUGUUUUGCCCCGUGUAAAUGUACUGCUGAUAUUAUGUCCGCGCGCCCCUCAGCAGUAUCAGUUUACAGAGCAGGAGAGCGGAGGAGUGUGAGCGACCACGAUGGAAGAUACGGUGGGUGUGCUGGUCCAUCCAUUAACGUGUUCCGCGCUCCUCACGCCUGGAAAACCUUAACACUCCUACUUAAAAAUACCACGAGGGGCAUGCAAAAGACUCAACAGCAUGUUUUGAUAUCCAGGCUUGCCAAGAACGAUACAUUUUGUACAUUUAGCGGGACUUCCCAUGACUAGGAAUCCCAUAGUCCAGUCAACUGCUUGCAAAUUGGAGCCAUUAUUUGAUACUGUGUAUUUAUAUGAAUGGAACAUGCAUGUUGUGUCCAGGUGUUAUUAAAAAGCCUACGUAUUACGUUUACCUCCAAAUUUGUGUUCUCAAGUCGUUGUCAGAAAGGGGUUGAUCCAUUUUGUACUAUUUCUUAUGGGAAGCAAGUGUUCUUCUCCACGUAUAAAAUAUGAACAAAUAAACGCUGCAUGCAGCCAGAUACAAUGAAUGGAAAGUCGUUUUUAUUUGAUCAAAGAUUGAUGACAACUUCAAUGGUGAAUAUGAGGCAAUCACAUGUAAAUAAUGUGUAAUUUAAUUUGAGAAGAGACAUAUCAAAAUAGAAUAAGUAUGACUAUAUCUGCUAUAACAGUGUUACAAUACAUUUUAACUACAGAAGCAGGUGAAGUAAAUCAUUUGUAUUGUAAUGUUUUAGACACGCUUGUAAAUUCAAAUAUAAAAUGUAUCACUCAGUUGAUAUGUUGGUCAAAAAAUAUGAAUUUAAAAGAACAGAUUUAAAUCAUUCUAAAUGAAGACACUAUUAUCAUGUCUGUAUGAUAUUUAUAAAGCUAAAGCUAGCAGGAAAUUAGCUUAGCUUUGCCCGAAAGCUAAACUAAUGAAAGCAGGGGGAAACAGCUAGAAGGAU